UGAUUUGACAGCUUCUUCGUCGUCAUCUUGGUACAAUGUAGCUAGGUUGGUUCUUCCUACUCUCUUUACAUAGGUAUUAGUUUAAUACAUAGAUAAGUUAGCGAGAUAUUAAUUUAUUAAUAUUUGUACAGUUAAUACUUUAAAUUAGUGCAAACAAAGCAUGCGAAGGGUGACGCUCUUUGUCAACGGAACCUCCAAAAAUGGCAAGGUUGUAGCUGUUUAUGGGACUCUGUCUGAUCUUUUGUCAGUCGCCAGCAAUAAAUUGGGAAUCAGGGCUUGUAACCUUUAUAAUGGGAAAGGUGGUCUUAUAGAUGACAUUGCGCUCAUCAGAGAUGAUGAUGUGCUAUAUGUGUCAGAAGGAGACCCUUUCAUCGAUCCUCAGAGUGAUGGGAAAACGUCAGAUGACAUCUCAGGAUCACACACUGAUUGGCUGACGCUGAAUAUUGGUGGGCGGCUUUUCACAACCACUAGGAGUACUCUUGUGAGUAAGGAGCCUGACAGCAUGCUGGCACACAUGUUCAGAGAGAAGGAUGAAUGGGGUAAUAAGCAGGAUGAACGAGGGGCUUACCUCAUUGAUCGCAGCCCAGAGUACUUUGAGCCCAUCCUGAAUUACCUGAGGCAUGGCCAGAUCAUUGUCAAUGAAGGAAUAAACUUACUCGGAGUGCUGGAAGAAGCUCGAUUCUUUGGAAUAGAGCAACUGGCAGAGCAGCUAGAAGUCGCCAUUAAGAAUUCUCAUCCACCUGAAGACCACUCUCCACUUUCACGGAAAGAAUUUGUUCGUUUCCUGCUGGCUACACCAACCAAAUCAGAGCUACGCUGUCAGGGUCUUAAUUUCAGUGGAGCGGACCUUUCUCGGCUGGAUUUGCGCUAUAUUAAUUUUAAGAUGGCAAAUCUGAGUCGCUGCAAUCUCACCUAUGCAAACCUGUGCUGCUCAAACCUGGAGAGAGCGGACCUUUCUGGAGCCAACCUGGAUGGUGCUAAUCUUCAGGGCGUGAAGAUGCUCUGCUCCAACGCAGAGGGAGCGUCCCUUAAAGGAUGUAACUUUGAGGAUCCCUCUGGGCUCAAGGCCAAUCUAGAGGGGGCUAAUCUGAAAGGAGUUGACAUGGAGGGCAGUCAGAUGACUGGUAUUAAUCUGCGUGUGGCUACGCUGAAGAAUGCUAAGCUGAAGAACUGUAACCUGCGAGGUGCUACCUUAGCCGGCACAGAUCUUGAGAACUGCGAUCUCUCAGGCUGUGAUCUACAGGAAGCAAAUCUGCGUGGUUCAAAUGUGAAAGGUGCCAUCUUUGAGGAGAUGCUGACUCCACUGCACAUGUCCCAAAGUGUGAGAUAACGGAUUACAUUUCUCCGUGCCCGGCAACCACACCAGCCAGCACUCCCUCACCCCGACCCCCUUUCCGUUUCACGCUCCUGUGGAACCGUAUGCAAUACUAGCACUUGGUUUGCCCACCCCUACUCUUUGAGCUUUACUCUCACGCACUAGUGCACAUCCAGGGUCUGUAGUCAUGGCCAACAUAGCGAAGGCUUAUCGUAGAGAUUCCAAAUAUUUUAAAAAAGUCGUUAUUGCUUUUGAUUUUGUUUUUAUUUAUGCUUUGUGUUGAACUAUUGUUCGAAUGUAUACGUUUCAUGUUGUGUUUUGUCUCAAAUAAUGAAGUCAACAUUUCAAUCAAUCAGUACAACCAAAUAUAUCUGUUGAAUUUUAGAUUUAUCAAUGAAUUAUAGGCGAUUUAUGAUAAGGCUUAUUGUUGCACAGCUUACUGCAGGCAAAACAAACUCAUAAUAGUAGCUUUUUGUAUAUAAAAUAUGGAGUAAUAUACCUUAAACAUCUCAUAUAACUGACAGUUCUGGUUUCAAAUAUGCAACAUAAACAUAUAGCUCUUACAAAUUCUGUUUUACAUUUACAUGUAAACAAAAUUAUUUGCUUAUUUUGGUUUUCGGUUUGCCAUUUGUUGAUCUACCUCCCAUACAACCCUGUUCUAGUUUUUAGUCAUUUUUAGUUUUUGAAUCCAUGCAGUCAUGCAAAGACUUCAACCAAAUGCAAACCACAUUUUGCUGCAUUUUUGCAAAACCUAUUUAAUCUUUGAUAACUGUGUAAUAACAUUUAGCCAUUGGUUAAUAUGCACAAUAAUUAACCUGUGGUGCCAAUAUAUGCUGGUUUAUCAUAUCACUAUAUAAUAUGUGGAAAUGUUAUGCUUUUUACUUUUCAGUGUUCUUAUUUUCCCCAUUUUUUUAAUUUUAAUUUUAAUUGAUGAAGUGAAAUGUUGAAGUGACCAACCUACACCAAAAAUUUUCAUGUGAUGUUUCUCGGGUCAUUAUCAAAUCCAGUUCUUCCUUAAUGUUUAUCAUGAUAUAACAUUUGUUCAUCAAUACUGUCCCACGUUUUGUUAACAUUUGAACAUUUUGAACAUAUGAAGCAGUAAACUAGAACUUGACUUUGUGCAUUUGUGCGCAAAAAGUGUGUGUAAUAAGACUGAUAAAGUAGCACAUUUAUAAAAUGCAGCUUAGGUCUUAGUGCUGCUCAACUAUUCCUAGAUUAUUUGCUGCAUGGUUAAAGAAAGAAAACUUAACCAUCUCUGAGAGUUUUUUUUUUUUUUUUUUUUUGUUAUAAAACAUGCUGUUGUUUUUCAUUUACAAAUGUUAUUGUAGGUACUCCAUCAAUCCUGUUAAAUGAAGGCAAUCAAAAUAGACUUUUGCACUUUAAGUGUGAUUCUCUAUGUAUAUCAGACCCUUGUGGAAAGGGUGCAAGCUAUUUAUUUAUGUAUCAGGCUGUAUUUAUGUAAGUGGUGGAGGGGAGGAUCUACCGGUUCCCUCUUUACCGAACUCUGUUGCACUCUAUUACGGAAGUGUUUUCCAUAAAUAGACUGUUAUAAUCAAA